CCGACUGAGGAAAGCGUGAGAGAGGGGAUUUAAUAGAAAUCGAGUGAGAAAAUGGAGGAGGAAGAUGAAGAUCCACCGCUGGCAGUUGAAAUCAACAAAUCAACACCCCCACAAUCCCAAAACGACGACGUUUCAGUGGGCGUAACCGUCAUCACAGGCUAUCUUGGCGCCGGCAAAUCCACUCUUGUUAAUUUUAUUUUGAAUUCACAACACGGAAAGAGGAUUGCUGUUAUAUUGAAUGAGUUUGGUGAAGAGAUUGGAGUAGAAAGGGCAAUGAUAAAUGAAGGGGACAAUGGAGCACUUGUGGAAGAGUGGGUUGAGCUUGCAAAUGGGUGCAUCUGUUGCACUGUCAAGCAUAGUCUGGUUCAAGCUCUGGAGCAACUUGUGCAGAGGAAGGAAAGGCUUGAUCAUAUUUUACUAGAGACCACUGGGUUAGCAAACCCUGCUCCUCUUGCAUCUGUUCUUUGGUUGGAUGAUCAGUUGGAAUCUUCAGUCAGGCUUGAUUCUAUUAUUACUGUUGUGGAUGCAAAAAACCUCCGUUUUCAGCUGAAUUCACAUCAUGGUUCAUCUUCAUUUCCCGAAGCUUUUCUUCAAAUAGCGUUUGCGGAUGUUGUAAUUCUUAACAAGGUUGAUUUGGUUUCUCCAGAGGAAUCUGGAGGUGUUCUGGAGGAACUGGAGAAGGAGAUACAUAACAUUAACUCCCUUGCAAACAUCAUACAUUCUGUUCGGUGUCAAGUUGACUUGUCUAAGAUAUUGGACUGCUGGGCCUAUGAUGCUACACAUGCCACACAUUUAGAAGCAUUAUUAGAAGAAAAUCAAUCUCUAUCAAGCAAGGACCUUCAUGAUAGUAAUGUUCGAACUUUAUGCAUCAGUGAGCCACUGCCUGUUGAUCUUGACAAGGUUCGUUUGUGGCUUGAGGAGAUUCUUUGGGAUAAGAAGUAUAGCAUGGAUGUCUACCGUUGCAAAGGGGUUUUAUGUGUUCUAGACUCAGAUGAACUACAUACAUUGCAGGCUGUGAGGGAGAUAUAUGAGAUUGUUCCAACUCAUAAAUGGAAAAACGAAGAAAAUCAGAUGAACAAGAUUGUUUUUAUAGGUCAUAAUCUGAACGAGGAUGCUCUUACAAAUUCCUUCAGAUCUUGCAUGUCGAUAACCAGUUAGCUUGUAGUGUUUGCAGAACUCCCAGUUGGGCGUGGCUGUCUCAUUCUAUGAAGACAAGAAAUGUAUCAGUGUCAGGAUCAAACAUCUUCUGGGUAGAAUCAGAAUCUUGAAGGCAUGGGAUUCUAGACCCAAGUUACAUCCAAGUUCUAGAUGACUUAACAAUGGGGUAGCAGCUGCCUUUUUUUUUUCCCCUCACUGUUUCCUCUGUAAAUUUCAUUAGUUGGGAGUCAGUUUCUGGGUAGAAACUUGUUACUUAACAUUCAUCUUUCUUUCCUUUGAUUUGAAAUCAAUUUUGGAAGAGGGUAUCGAAGAGGACA